GGGGAUUGUUGCUAAAUCGAGUUACGUGUGAAAUCAGUACGAUGUGGUUACACGCGGCUAAGUCUUCAUGGGGGCCACUCCUCUAACCGAGACGAACAGCCACCUAAAAGUGAUUAUCCGCGAUUAAUUCUUGUAAUGAACUCUUUCUUCAAAAAGUCUUCAAUAUGAAAGGACAGAGUUAAGAAAUGCCGCCGCGGAAGCAGCACAGACGCGUGAGCGCAUUCCCCGCGAUAGAAGAAUAUGGAGAAAGUACGCCAACUUCAUCAGUUCCAAGUCCUCCUGUAAGAGGUUUGAGGAGGACUACUUUUGUGGAGAUAUGGCCAAAAAAUAACGGUCCCACGGAAGUAAUACGCGGAAGGAUACCAGAAGAUCAGAUUCCCAGUUGGCUUGAACAAAAAGAUGUUUUUGCUCAUACAGAUAAUGAGACAUCAAAAAUGGGUGCUCUAAGACUGCUGUUUACAAAUAGAGCUUUGAAUUCCGAUAAGAAAGCUGUUGGGAUGACUUUCAGUGAUGAUACCCUCCAAGUGAUUAUGAGUCGUCUUCAACUUCCAGCAGCGUUUGCUCAAAUGUUGGCGCCGGACCAAAUUGAGCCUCCACGUUUUUCUCAUAAUACUCUAUUUGAUACUCAUGGAAAUUAUUUGGGGAUGGCAUUAGCGAUUCACUUCCAUCGUUGGCGUCUUGAAUCUAUCACUCUUGGUCUCUCUUACAACCAGAAUACUAAAGUAACCACGGCUCUUCUCCUAGAGAACUCCAAAGAUCCAACCCACGAGUCGUUUAUCCACUACAUUCUAUUGCAAUCCACAUACCUUACUCAUCCACUCUUCCUUCCUCUAAUACUCGCCGAGCUAAUGCUCGACACUCACCGAACGCAAUUAGAUCGAACCACUUCUCGGCUUCGAAGUCUCGAAUCCGCGAUUGGAAUUCACGAUCACGAUUACAAUUCUGCCUCAUCCCCUUCAUACCGUACACCCGAUAAGUCGCCCCUCCCAGACUUCCCCUUUAUCUCCCGCUCGCUAAAUGGAGAAUCCACCCGUCUAGCCCUCUACGAAGUAAAAGUAAGAUCCAACAUUCAUCUCCUGCAGACAAUCCUCCGCGGCCCCUAUUUCACAACUCUUCUACCGAUGAAUCGACGAAUGAUAUGGACAGAACAAGCCAACAUUGCGCUCCGAGAAAAAUGUGAAUUCCUUCUCGGCUGGAACGUUGAGCUAUCCUCUCGCGUCACGGGACAGAGACGAAUCGUGAAGAUUCAAAUAGGUAGCGUACAAAACUUGCUUAUGCAGCGGGAAUCCAAAAUUACUACUUCGGUGAUGGAGGCUCGGAAAGGAGACGCGAAUGCGAUUAAGACGAUUGCUUUUCUGUUGAUGGCGUUUCUACCGGGUGCAUAUAUUGCGGUUCUAUUCAGUGGAUCCAUGUUUGAUUGGCAGGCGGAACGUGUGGGUGGAGUUUUGAGUGAGUGGUUUUGGUUGUAUUGGGCGAUUACGGGGCCGCUUACGGCAGGGGUACUGGGGACUUGGAUUUGGUGGUGUAAACCAUGGAUGUGAGAUAUUUGAAAAAGAAUGCUUUGUUUUAGUACUGGUGAGAGUUGUGAUUGUUUCAUUUAGUGCUAGCUUGGGGAGCUUAAGACUUAAAACUGGGAACUGGGAAAGGUGAUAUAGGCAAAAAGUGCCUACUAUGUGAUUUUUCUUGUAUAAUAUCUUCUCACGGGCUGUCAUUUGUAAGGUUUCCAUUGUCGUAUCAAAAAUAAGACUGCCAUGCAUUUCAAUCAAGAGAUUUUGUCUAUUGCCA